CUUGACCAUUGAAAUCAUGUAACUGUAAAGGAUUAAUAGGAAAGACAUACGUUUUUGGUGUUGUGGCGGGAAAUGGCCAAAUAGGCUUUCUGAUCACUCUCAACCAACCCCGCCGCAAACCUAAGAACAUCUCCGAGCAAGACUUCACAAAUAUUAACAAAUGUCUGCAAAUCAGCAGAUCUCUCCAAAUCCCAAUCCUACUCCUACAAAUCAAUCUUCUUCAAGUUCAGCUUGGACAGAGCCUCCUUGGUCAGGUUGGAUAGAGACAACUGGCGAUGCCUUACUUAUACUAGAAGCCGCUCGUCGUGGUUUAAUACCAAGAGUAACUAGGCGCCUAGUCGAUUCAGAGCGCAAGAUGAUAACCUCUGGCUCAGUCUUUGUCUUCGACGAGGACGAAAGCGGUAUUAAGCGCUGGACCGACGGUUUCUUCUGGAGUCCAAGUCGCAUCUUAGGCAACUUUCUUCUUUAUCGUGAAACCGACAAGCGUGGUGCAGGUCAUCGAGGCGUUCGCUCAGACCCUGCCGAAAUGAACGAACAUUCUCAGUACAACGUGGAUGGCGUUCGCCUCGAGGGUCAAACUUUGAGUCGUCCUAAAGGCGAGUCCAGCUCCCUGGGCAUCGACAAACACAGGGAACGUGUCCUCGUCGGCAGUCUCACUAAUAGCUACAAAUUCAAAUCUGACGGCCUCAUGAAGAAGACCUUUUCGUUGACAAUCGGUGGUGUAUCACAGCAUCUCAUAUCUUACUACAAGGUCGAGGAUGUAGAGCAAGGGCGUUUGCGUUCCCCUUCAUCACUCCCCGAGCUGGCAUCUUUGGAUAUCAGUCCAGAAUACCUCGAUAAAACUCACUUCCGUAACCCUCCUAAAGUGGAGAUUGGUGUAGAUGGUGUCCCUCGUUACCGUGGAGAGGCAGAUGACAUCGAAUCUACCCCUUCCAUGAUCACUGCUCCCCUCUCGUCUGGGCUUCCUCUUCUUACCGACGGUCGCAUUACUGAUGGGAAACGAGGGGGGCGCUACAACCCUUACACCACCGGCAGUGGCAAACGCUCACGUAAAACUAAGAGUUCUCAGCCAGAGUCCACAUCUCCGACGGACCAGCACGCACCCCCUUUGCCAUCCCCAUCGACUCCUACUGCAUCACAAGCUCCGCCACCCCCUACAUACCCUGACCAAGCAGUCUCGAGUCUCCCUCCCCAGCCUCACUAUUCUGCGUACCCAACCCCUUCUUACUACGGCGUUCCAGGGUAUUCCACUUCCCACUCCAGUUCUCAUUCCACUUCCCAUUCCACUACCCAUCCUCCAGUGUACUCGAGUUCGUCGUACCCUACACCGUCCCCGACAACUCCUCACCAACCAUCCCCAGCUCCAUCUCAACCGUACCCAUACCCUGGGUACGGCGGUGCACCAGCCAACGCUGACACGCAGCAGGCUUUGAUUCCUCACCACCCACCUGCUUCGGUGCCCCAAAACAACUACUAUCAGUACUAUCCACCGCCGGCCUCACAACCUUCGUAUGGUAGCUACCCUCCAAACAACACUUGGCCGGCACCAACGUACGCCGGCUACUCUUCCUCAACAUCUGGCUCCUCCAGUGCGCCCCCGCUUUCCGCCAGUAUAACUGAGCUACCCGAUAAACCCUCGGAAGGCCGCGUGGCGCCUGAGACCGGUUCCAAUAGCCCUGCAUGAGACUCUUUCGGUUGCUAGGUUGUAUUCUUUACGUGCCCCGUCUUUCUCCUGUCACUCCAGUCUUCUUUCAUUGUGUUAUCAUACUCGGCUGAGUAUUUUGUCUCCAUAGCUCCCUUUCUUUUUCUCAGUUUUCUGUUUCUGCUCUGCUUCAUUUUCUUUUCCCUCUUCGUUCACUUGUUUUCGGGGAUUGAUUAUAACUAGUAUUCCAUAUCGGCCCUUGGCUUGUCUAUAUGUACGACUGCAAGCGUGUCCGUGGUUAGUUUUAGCGUUAGCGUGACUCUGGUCGAUAUGGCCCUUUUACCUAUGCGCUCUCUUUCAUAUUAUAAUCCUCAUGCUGGCGUUCGGCUUCAGUUGAUAAGUACUGUAAUACCUACUUACCUUGUGCUGUGGGUUACAUACGGAAUACAGCAUGCUUACCACUA